AAUACCGAAAAGAGAAGAAAGUAAAGAACGAAAACCUACCACCAGAUUGAACAUAGAAAAAAUAAAACAAAUAUAGAAUGAAAAAACACACUCCCAAACUUAAAAGAAAAUAAAAACGAAAAAAAAUAAAUUUCGCGCACUCAUUUGUCACACUAAACUCAAAUUAACAAAACAACUUUUAUAUAUACACUUACUUCAACAAAAUUUACAUUCGUCAUAAAGUUACACGUAAUUUUAUAGCCAAUCAAUAAAAAGAAAAGAAAAAAGUCACGUAAUCUGCCACAAUGCUGGAAGGAGUGUUUGAAAGCUUGGCCAGUGUGUCUCGCGGGAGCUUCUCAUGGCCUGACUACCUUGUGUUUGGUGGUAUGCUGGCGUCCUCCCUCGCUAUAGGGAUAUUCUACGCCAUCAAGAGCAGGAAUAAAUCCAACGAUGAGUUUUUAUUGGGCAGCCGUUCCCUUACCUGCUUCCCCGUCUCCAUCUCCCUCCUUGCCUCUUACAUCUCCGCUAUUCUUGUCCUCGGGGGCCCGGCGGAGGCGUACUACCAUGGGAUACAGUGGUGGGUCAUCUGUGCGGGACAAAUCGCCUUGCCAAUUGUAGCCGUGGUCUUUAUGCCCUUCUUUUACAACCUGGGCCUGAUUUCAAUGUAUGAGUACCUGGAGAUGCGGUACGGUUCACGGUGGGUGCGGUGUACUGCCAGCGGGAUGUACGUGGUGCAGAUGUUGCUCUACCAGGCUGUGGUGAUCUACGCACCAGCUCUCGCCCUCGCCUCCGUCACUGACUUCCCUCUCUGGAGCUCCAUCAUCACUGUUGGUCUGAUCGCCUCCGUCUACACUGCUAUCGGCGGGAUGAAGGCGGUGAUCUGGACAGACGUGCUGCAGCUGUUCAUCCUUAUAGUGGGUCUCUUCUCCGUGGUCAUCAAGGGCCUUGUGGACUUUGGAGGCUUCGAGCGAGUGUGGGAGAUCGGCAGAAGACACGAUAGGACUGGCUCACAUAUCUUCACGUACGGCUACGUUCCCUACCAGCGGCACACCGUCUCUAACAUCGUCAUUGGAAUCAUUGUAUCCACGCUCUCUCAGUAUGCCUGCACCCAGACCACUGUGCAGAGAUACGUUACCAUGAAGAACCUCACACAUUCCUACAUGGCUAUUUUUCUCGUCAUCCCUUUCUUCAUCCUGCUCAUCUCUCUCUCCAUGGUGGCAGGGCUUGUGCUGUUCGCCACCUAUGAGGGCUGUGACCCCCUCGCUGCCGGACUCAUCGCCAAGAAGGACCAGAUUCUGCCCUUCUACGUCAUGGAAAGAAUGAGUGCCUUCCCUGGUCUUCCCGGUCUGUUUGUGGCCUGCAUCUUCUCUGGUUCCCUGAGCACCAUCUCCUCAGGCGUCAACUCCCAGGCAGCAGUGACAUGGGAAGACGUGUUCUCCAAGAUUCCAUUCUUCGCCCGUCUCUCCCUCACCGCCCAGGCAGGAGUCACGAAGUUCAUCGCUCUCACGUACGGAAUGCUGGCACUUGGUCUGGCGUUCGUCGCGGGGAGCAUGGGCGGCGUCUUGCAGGCGGCUAUAGCGGUGACGUCCUCUGUGGCCGGUCCUCUCCUGGCGGUGUUCAUUAUGGCUCUCUUCAUGCCCUUCACCAACACCAAGGGGGCGUGCGUGUGCCUCCUGCUGGGGACUGGCGUGGCUCUGGGCUUCAGCUUCGGGGCCACAGCAGUGGGACUCAAGCCAGAGCUGCUGCCGUCCCCGACUGACGCCUGUCCGCCCAAUCUCAACAUCACCGUCUCUGCACCGCCAGCCGUCAGAGUUUCAGAUCUCAACUACCCUGCCAAGUUACUGGGAUUGUCGUACACACAGAUGGGUCCCCUUGGCUUAGUGGUGGGCAUCGUGUCUGGCAUCCUUGUUAGUCUAGUUACCGGUAUGUCCCGCGGGCGUCGUGUGGAUCCGAAGUUUAUUCAUCCGUGGGUUCGCUGGUCGGUCCCGCAGCCCGAGGUGGUGGCGAUGCGGGUCAAGGAACACUCUUACGACAAUAAAAUCUCCACGCAAUUCUAACCGAGGAGUUCAAGUUACGUGGUGCUGUAGUGUUCGCCUUCAUCUGACCUUGAGUUGUUACGUGACUGAAGGCAAAGGAUACUGUCUACCUAUGCGAUGGCCUCGUUGUGUUGUGAGUGAAUUGUGGGUGUCCAGUGCUGCCAUCUGCGUGAUGUGAUAUUUUUUAUGUGAUUUUGUGAAUGUGUCCUGAAUUUUUUGUGGUCCAUCAGUCAGUCUGUCUUCUUUCUGUUUGUUUUAUGUCUUUUUUUUUAUGUCGCUGUCGUUUAUUUGUCCAUUUUGUUAGUUUGUCUCAUUCAGUAAGUUUCAUACUGUAUUUACAAAGAGGGGUCGAUGUUUUUUUCUCUGUCUAUCAGUUGUAUGUCCAUCUGUCUAUCCCAUAUAGUUGUUAUUAUUCACAGAACCGGAGCGAUGGCUUGGAUUUAAAAUUAGAUAAACAAUAUAAAUAAGAACAGUUGAAUAAUGCAAGUAACGAGAAGGAAACAAAACAACCUCCUGGAAUUUCAAACAAGGCAAACAGUGCUUACGAGAGUUACCAAGGAAGCAUAAUAAGUAGGUUACUGUGACGAGUGUAAAGUGCGAUCAUGAAAUUCAUUCAGUUUGUUACUAAGUCAAGCACAGGAACGCAUGUUUGGGGGGUUCCACUCACUCAGUUUUGUUAGAUAGGGUGGAAUCAAAAGCUUUUCGUCUCAACAACUCUCUUCCUCUGACUGACUCUUCAGCCUCUUUCUUACCGCUGGAAUGUUGCAUAUCUUGCUGUCUUUUAUCGCUAUUUUCAUGCUAACUGCUCUACUGAUCUUGAUAUGAUCAUUAAAAAUAAUUCUGAGAGAGAGUCUUGCAUUAAUAUCUUGCCGCAAUAACCGAAAUCUAAUUGUGGUAUGCAUAUAUUUGCAUUUUAGCACUUAGGAUUCCGAGGCGCCUCUUUUACCAAUGAAGAUACAGUAUAUAGCUGUUAUGAGAGUCUUGCAUUAAAAUCCUGCCAAAACAAGCGAAAUCUUAUUAAAGUAAUUAAAUAUCAACCAAUUUUAGCGUCUUAGCACGUUGGAGUUAUUGAUUCUGAGGCGCCUCUUGACCUGAUAUGCACGUUGCUUAAGUCGAAUCAAGAGCGGAUAUUCAAAUAAACGAGGCAGUGGUUUCCCCAAUCUUGAUCUUGCUCUUCUUAGUUUGUAUGUUUUUGUGAUUUGUUCUUUGUUAAGGGCUGCUUUUAUAGACCUCGUGGAUGAUUAGUCGGGUUCUCAAGGUCUCUCUCUCUCUCUCUCUCUCUCUCUCUCUCUCUCUCUCUCUCUCUCUCUCUCUCUCUCUCUGAAUAAAUAUGAGGUGAUGUAUAAACUGAUGCGUUGUAUCUUUGUGUUGGAUUCUUCACGGUGGUUUCAUUUCGUAACUUUGGCGACAGGCAUUUGUUGUAGUUGUAGUGUUGUAGUGUAGUGUGUAGGGAUAUAAACACAUAUAUGAAAGAACGGAAUAGGAGAAUCAUUAUAUAUAACCGAGAGAUUUUGUACAAAGUGUUAUGUUGGUAUUUUCUGUGCUUGACGCUUCACGGCAGUCUUUCAUUGUUUCCUUACGGCGCAGGGAGAAGGAGAGGGUGAGCGAAAUACGUCUGUAAAAUCUGGCCUGUGCUCAGAAAUGUUCCCAUCUCACACCAUGACUAAAUUCAAAGACGACAGAGAUUAUUGGCCACUUUCUCAAGAUUUGUUACGAUAUUAAUGUAGAAAUUUCGUUAAUUUCAGAUAAUUUGCCUAUGAAACCACUCUUCAUAACCCACGCAGUUUGCCGUGGUGCGGUGCGGAAGUGUUUCAAAAUAUGUAUGGUCCAUUGUGUGUUUCCCUCGCUGGACGCUUCAAGUCCCUCAUUUCUUCCUUUGGUGUAGUGGCGAUGACGGGAUGACUAAGGGCGACAUUGCUUGAAUCUUCUAUAUAACCUUCCUUGUGACCAUAUAGUGACUACAGUCCUUCCGUGAUGCGUCACUGAUUGGUGUCUUAUCUCUUAAUGGUGAAGUUUGAGCAGGUACACUCAUCCGUCCAUAUAAGACUAGGCAGUGUGUGUGUGUGUGUGUGUGUGUGUGUGUAAUUCACCACGGUUGCCUUAUGGUCACCCAGCCAGUCUUCCCCAUUUCGGAGCGAGCUCAGAGCUCAUAGACCGAUCUUCGGGUAGGACU